AUGACAGAGUUUCUCUGCACAGCAUGCUCUCGAUUUGCCGAUGGUUUUGGUGAGGUUGAACAAAAAGGCUGGAGAUCUCUUCUCAACAUCGCACCCGAUUUCUGCUCAUUGGCACAACUUACACGGAGUGGGUGUUCAUUUUGCCAAAUUGUCUACCAAUCUUGCUGUUAUCAUGAAACCGUAUCUUAUGAGAAGGAUACACUUCCCAUUCGAGUCGAAGCCUUGGCGGGUCAUAGUCUCGGCCACGAUAACUACAAUGACUGUGACAGUAUGUUAACGGAUGAUGAGGAAGAUGACGGGCUUCCGUUUCACGACCAAUAUCCAAGACAGCUGUAUAUUAAAAUAACUAUUGGCAACAAAGGAAAGGGCCGCUCGCAUCAUUUGCCUCUGGUAAUGGGCGAGGGCUCAGAAAAGUCUACAAAUUCAUCAAAAUCACACGCGGAUGGGCCUAUUAUCAAUCUCGGCACAAUCAAAGGUGUUGAUGAUGCAGUUUCCCUGGCUCAAUACUGGAUAUUUGAAUGUGACAGUUCCCAUACCAAAUGCAACGACCGUCCCUGCACCAAGCAGCAACCAGCGGUCCUACCCACGAGAGUUAUAGACGUUGGAUCACCCAGCAAAGGAAAUCUACCACGGUUAUAUGUUCCCAACCUACUUGACCAUGAGGACGUGGAGUAUGUUGCUUUGAGUUACGCCUGGGGUUCCGAUCCCACCUUUGCGACAACUACAACAUCCAACAUUGACGAAAUGACACAAUGUCUGCCAUGGGAUAAGCUCGCAAAAACUAUACAAGAAGCCAUCAUGUUCACGCGGAAGCUGGGAAUUAGAUACCUAUGGGUCGAUGCUUUGUGUAUACUGCAAAGUGAAGGCCACGACGAUGCAUUUCAUAAAGCAGAUUGGUCUUAUGAGGCUGGUCGAUUCGGCCAGUAUUACGAGAACGCUAGAUUGACUAUUGCAGCAACGGGAGCCAUCUCUUCUUACAAGGGGCUAUUCCUCCCACGGCCUGCCCUGCAAGUCAAUCCGAAGCCAGUUGUCUUUCGACAAAAGAAAUUUUGGGGCGGAAUCAGAGAUAUCACCGUCGGGCCGUUGUCUCCGAUAUGGGGGUUUGAAAUAGGCAACUCCCCUCUUCUUUCAAGAGGAUGGACAUUUCAGGAAAGAGCCCUUUCUAAGAGGGUUUUGCAUUUCGGGAUGAACUGCAUCAUGUGGGAAUGCCACGAGUGUCGGGCGAUCGAAACCGCGCCACGUCGCUUGGAGCCUGUAACUUCCAAGGAUGAACAUCUUGUGAAGUUGUGGUACAGAUUUGCCGGCCGUUAUUCAAUGGAAAAAUUCACCUUUGCCUCGGAUAGACUACCAGCCUUGUCAGGAAUCGCUGCAAGAGUUCAGGACUGCUUCCCACAGAAGUACAUCGCAGGCUUGUGGGAGUCCAACAUAGCUCAGGGGCUGGCUUUGGCAAUUCCCGGGGUACCCAAUCACAAAUCUCCAAGUUUGACUGAUCUGUCUAUGGGUGUUGAACGGACAUCCAUGCCCUCGGAGCUCAAUAUGCCUUCGUGGAGUUGGGCGUCUAGCGAUAGACUAAUACAUAUGUUCUUCCAGUCCGAUGAGUGGACUUCAAUGAUUGAAACCAAGAGCUGGACGGUAUAA